UUGAAAAUUUCAUAAAAUUCAAACCUUUGGGAUUUAAAAAUCUUCCGUCAAGUUCCAAGAGAUUAGCAGGGAAAUCCCCGGAAAACUCACCCUCACAGAUGGAUGUGUUGUCACCUGAAUUGGUCUGGAUUGAAAAUCGCUGCUACAGAGUCAAUCCCACAGCUGAAGCUCAGAUAAUCCGGGAAGGAAAAGACGAAAGAGUUGGAGGAUACAUUGAACCUGAUUUUGAUAGUGAAGAGGAACCUGAGGCAAUGGAGGAGGUUGAUUAUGAAAUUGAGAGAACUGCAGAAAAUUCCUUCCGGAUUGCAUUCCACGUCCCAUCUGUCUUUCAUGGUGCAAUCAUUGGGCAAAAAGGUGCAACUAGGAGGCGUCUUGAAAUGGAAACACGAAGUUUGAUCAAGGUUCCAAAUAAAGGGACAAAAGAUCCAAUUAUCGUGACAGCACAGCGUGAAGCCGACGUGGUGGCAGCCAGGAAGAAGAUUGGUGACAUUGCUCUUGCUUGCAGGAAGAGACAAGAAAUGACUCACUUCUUCUCAUUCCCCUGCUGCACUGAAGAAGUAAAGGAGGCAUUCAGGAAAUUCAAGGAAGCUGUCUUAGCUGGAGCACCUGCUGACACCUUUCCAGAUGUUCUAUUCCAAAUUCCCGAAAAGUUGCACGUUACCCUAUCCUAUAUGGUUCUAAUGGAUAAUGAGGAGCGUGAGAUGGUUAAAAAUAUCCUCCACAGAGAAGAGACUGCAAUACGAGAGAUUCUUGCAGGAUUUCAAGGGAAUACUGCUGUAAAAAUCUGCGGAUUGGACUCUAUGAAUGAUGAUCCGGAAGCAACAAGAGUUCUCUUUGCCAAAAUCCAAUCAGAAGCUCUCCAGAACAUUGGUGAUCAUCUCCACAGAAUCGUCAGGAAAAGUGAAUUCUUUAUUGGGAAGGACAAAGCAAGUGUAAAGCUUCACAUGACCUUAAUGAAUGUUUCUUUCGACAAGGAUGACGAUGGGAAAUUCAAGAGGGGCGUUACUUUCAAUGCCAAGAAAAUUCUCCAAGAUUUUGGGGAUUAUACUUUCGGAGAGAUUCCCUUGACGGAGAUCCAUCUAUCUCAGAGAAAGUCAUAUGAUGAGCAAGGAUACUACAAGGCUACCACUAAGCUCAUUUUGUAAUUUCCUUUGGGAAGCUUUCUUGCUUUCCUUCCGUUUCAGGGAAAAGGGGAAAUAAAUUGUAAAAAAAAUCAAGGGA